AUGUUCCCCCGCGUUUGAAUUCCAAGAACUGAUUAUUUUGAGAGUUAAAUAUGUCAUAUUUAGAUUUGUUUAUCAACGGACGAGAGACUGCAUUUGCAGUUGCAGUGAAUAAAGGCGGAACUGUGCUUGGAAAUGCUUGUUCUGGUUUUCCCCGUGCCUGUCACCCUGCCGGUUUCUGUUGUUUACCGAGAAGAGAGUGACUACCGCAGCGGAAGCGUCAGAGGAAUUUGACCGGUUGUAACUGUCCAUUCAACGGGGGACGUUCGGCGUUGAAUUCACGCUGCUCUAGAUAGCUGUAGGAACAACGGUUUGUCGCGAGGUUUAUCUUCUUACAAGAAAGGUUUGAUUAAGGAGAAACAGUAUCCAUGAAAUAUUCACAGUUGAUGUUUCGUUCGGCGGAGCGAAGGGUUGCCACAGAUGUAACUAUACCCCAAGCAGUCCGCAUCGAUUCCACUUCCGGCUCGGCAUUUCAGUUCCGAUUUCUACCCUACGCUACGUUUGAUGCCCGAGUACCGUUUGUCAGCGAGACUCCAACUGCCAGACUAGUCCUUACUCGGAUGCAGCGAGCGAAGCGAUGUUCACUGGCUCCCAACGUUAUUUACCUGCGUCUGAUCCAGGAUCACCGGUUCCCGUCAGGGUGACUGCGUGCCCUGAAAGUCUUAUGGGUAAACACCCCACAAGUUGGUCAAAAGAUGAUGUGGAGGAGUGGCUGGAUUGGUCUGUUAAAGAGUUUGAACUGGAUGAUGUCCAACAGAAGAAGUUCUCUAUGAACGGAAAAGCCCUCUGCAUCCUUUCCAAAGAAGGCUUCCGUUACCGCGCCCCUAAUGCUGGAGACUUCUUGUGUGAACUCCUCCAAAAGCUCCUUAGUAGAGCAGACGACGAACUGACCAGGCCUGCUUAUGAGCCGACUUUCAGACUAAGAACGUUGGACAAGUGCAACAGGGACCACUCAAAGAGCAGCGACGAUGGAGGAAAACCAAACAUACCAGAACGUCUACCACUCAACCUCAAAAUAACAGAUAAUGGUCAUGAGAGCUCCAGUAGUUCCGGUCACAGCACCCCUUAUGCAGUGUUUGAAGACGAGUCCCAGUACAGCCCUCGCCCAAUGGCGGCCGUCCAUCACAGCUACCCACCCUACUUGUCUUCUCAUCCUACCAUACACCCUAAGACUCUGCAAGAGCCCAGAAACGGGGCAUCAAUCCCAGAGACGCACCCAGACACCCCGAACGGUCAAAACCCCCGACCAGACAUCCACUCCCCAGCUCACUGCUCCUCCCCACCAAGUCGGCAGUCACCUGCGAACCACUCACAGAUCGCCAAUCGGAAGCGGAACUUUCCACCGUACCUUACCUCAAGAUUGCCUCAUCGGCAAAGUCUCACAGCAGCUGGGUUUGCAGCCCCUAUUGAAGACUAUAAAGAUAAACACCGAAGAGAAAUGAUGGAAGCUCAGCUGAGUUCUGCGGAGGGCCCCCAGAAUUCUAGCGCCAACCGAAGCGGAGAUGCGCGGCCAAUUUUACGAGACAUUCUUACCAGCAGGGGUCGUUGUCCAAAAUCAGUUCUACCUUACAGUCGGAUGAAGGUACAGCCAAAAGUGCACGUUCCAGUUAUCCAGGAGACUGCUGCAGCCUCGACCAAUGGCAACACCUGUACUAGAGUGAUCAGCAACUGCACAGCCAAUCAGAGGUCAGCUUCCAUCAGCUCGGACACCCUCGCACACCAUGUGCCCCUUGCGCCUUUUUCUCUUCAAUAUCCGUACCAUCUGGCGCCCUCUGUUGGCCAGGCGUUGACCUGUGAGAGGAGUUCUCCAUCCGUUUUUUCAAACAUGCUGAAUGUGAAAGUCUUGUGUGACACUGAAGUUGAGGAAGGCACUUUAGAAAUGGACUGCGAUGCCAAACAAGUCAGAGUUGGUAAAAAGAAAGGUCACAGACCUCUCUUGUGGCAAUUCUUAUGGCAACUCCUCAAAGAUAGAAACAAUCUCCACUCCAUCUGUUGGGAGGACGAAGUAUGCCUCGUCUUCCGCAUCAUCGAUACGGAGAAAGUCUCAAAACUCUGGGGGAAGGAGAAGAAUCGACUGAAUAUGACAUACGAGAAGAUGUCCAGAGGAAUGAGGUAUUAUUACAACACAGGGAUUCUAUGCAAAGUGUCAUUAAAGGGAAGGUUUACGUUUGCUAAUCACUCUUACAAUUAAGGGCAAAAAUAGACCCUUCAUUACAAACCUCAAACAGCUUUUGAUAGUUUAAAGCAUUUUGAGAAUAAUUUCAUGUAGAACUCCACAAAGAGAUAGAUUAUGCAGUCUGAUUGGUUAAACACUGAUCACAUGAUAGAACUCCACAAAGAGAUAGAUUAUACAGUCUGAUUGGUUAAACACUGAUCACAUGGUAGACCUCCACAAAGAGAUAGAUUAUGCAGUCUGAUUGGUUAAACACUGAUCACAUGAUAGAACUCCACAAAGAUAUAGAUUAUACAGUCUUGAUUGGUUAAACACUGAUCACAUGAUAGAACUCCACAAAGAGAUAGAUUAUACAGUCUGAUUGGUUAAACACUGAUCACAUGAUAGAACUCCACAAAGAGAUAGAUUGUACAGUCUGAUUGGUUAAACACUGAUCGCAUGAUCAAAUUUAAUAGUCAAAGUAAAGUGACAAUAAAAAAGACAAUUUAAUUACACAGAUCCUCCUCAAUGCAGAAGGCCAUUAUGAAUCAACCUCGCUCCUAGUGGAGUACAAUCUCUAUCCUAGAUUGCCUUGCUCGAUCAUAACCCCUGGAAGUGUGACUUUGAAAUAUCAAAAUAUAUUGGAUAUUUUAUAAGCAGUCCUUCGAUCGAUCUCUUUUCAUGUAGCACUGUUAUAAACAGGAUCAAGUCAAACAACAACCGGUCCCCUCAUAUUUUUAAAACUUAUUAUACAUACGUCAAAAUAACAUGCAUUUUUACACGCGUGUGCUAAGCGACUAAAAGCAAGUGCAAGUUAUUAACAAGCAUGCCAUACAUAGCGGCCGCUUCCGACAAUUCAAACAAGUCAAAGGUGAUUUUCAGUACUUCCCAUCCAGGGGUUAGUGAUGAGGGGUAUGGAUACGGCAUGCUGCCCAUGGUAGCGAGGUUGAUGUUGAACAUUACUUUACUAAAAACGACAUGUACAUGCCUUCCUAAUGAUGUAGUAAUUGAGAAUUGUGUGCAAGCCUUUUCAACUAGUUUUUCAAAGCAAUAGUAUCUCUUUUUUUGUUCUAGUACUUUUUUUGUUAUAUACUUUGUUUCAUUUUGUGCAGCUGUAAAAAUACUGGCUUUGAAGUGUUUACUGAGUUGAAUAAGCCUCUUUAAGAUUAAAUUUUAUUCUAACUAAAUUUAAACUCUUAUUUAAAAAAAGUACUGACGUUUGUGGUUAACUGGAGAAGAAUCAUUGAAUGACAUUCCUGAAGAAUUUAAUUAUAGACUAAAACAUAUUCUUAACGUUUGUGCGAUUGAACGAAAGAUUAAACGAUUACUCAGAAUAAUUUAA